AUGGCCUUCAACGCUCCGCUUUGCCUGCCCAAUGCGGCAGCUUUGACUACGGAUCUUUGGCCUUCCGUAGCUAAUGCUCUGGCAACGCCGUGGAAGAGUUUUGGCCGGCCAUCGUCAUCGGAAAUUCGUCCUGCCAAGGAACGUCAUGAUCUUCUUCCGAGCCGCCGGGAUGAAUCUUCAACGGUUCAAUCUCAUACGGCCCUUCCUGAGUGUUUGAAGUCAGUCCCGAUGAACGCUCUGCGAAACAGCUCCAAAGCAAACCCUGCGUUUGGCCAACAAACCCUGUCUUCAAUAUUUUCUUCUCCUACUCGGACAACUAUUUUGAACAACCGGAUUCCUUCGACGGCGAACAAUGUCAAAUCGACCUCCCCACGCCAGUACUCUACCAUUUCUCUCCUCCAACUCGACCGUUCGCGGAGGAUUCCAGAAUUGAAAGGUGUUUCACAGAUUCAGCAGCACAGAUUCCUUUACGGCGGACCUUUCCAGAAUGUCUUAGCCCACACUGAGAGAACCGCAAACAGCAAACCUCAUAGCGUGAGCGCCCAAAAUGCAUUUUACAACGCCUUGCUUCGCGCCAACAUGCCUGCAAUCAUCAUUGAACGAUACCGGAGCGGAAAGUAUGCCAGUGAUGGGUUCAGUGAAGCUACAUACCUAAAGGCUCUUGAGCGUGUCGGCGGCUUGGAUGCUAGCGCUGGUUUCAGGCCUGCACAGAACCAAUUUCAAUCGCAAAAUCAGAAUCUCAACAAUGAUCAACUCCAAGCGGUUGGACAAGCGGUUGCGGCCCAUAUGAAUGGGGGACAAGUUGGACUAUCUACGAAAAAGGACGGUACUGGAGCCAAGGAAUCCCCUCUGUACGUUGUGGUGGAGGAAUCUCUGUCAAGCUCUAUUUAUCGCUGGGUCAAAUUCAUCUUCAUUUUCCUGCUCUUCACCUACGUCUCCUUCGUCGUGAUCAACAUUAUCGCAGACACUACAGGUAUACUGAAAAACGUGCGAGGCUCCCAGCCCAACGAAGCGCAACCGCAGCACCAACAAGUUCGGUUCAGUGAUGUUCAUGGAUGCGACGAGGCCAAGGAGGAACUACAAGAACUAGUCGAAUUUUUGACUAACCCUGAACGCUUCAACACGCUUGGUGGCAAACUACCCAAAGGUGUGCUCCUGGUUGGACCCCCUGGUACAGGAAAAACACUACUUGCUCGAGCUGUGGCUGGAGAGGCUGGUGUACCUUUCUUUUACAUGUCUGGAUCGGAAUUCGAUGAGGUAUAUGUUGGUGUAGGAGCCAAGCGUGUUCGCGAAUUGUUCAAUCAAGCCCGAACCAAGGCACCUGCGAUCAUAUUCAUUGACGAAUUGGACGCGAUCGGAGCUAAGAGAAAUGAGAGAGAUGCCGCCUACGUGAAGCAAACUCUGAAUCAACUUCUGACCGAACUCGACGGGUUCUCCCAGUCUACUGGCGUUAUUAUCAUUGCAGCAACCAACUAUCCUAAACUACUCGAUAAAGCCCUAACACGACCUGGCCGGUUCGACCGCAGGGUCGUAGUCGGCCUUCCUGACGUCCGCGGCCGCGUUGAUAUCCUGAAACACCAUAUGAAAAACGUCCAAAUAAGCACAGAUGUUGACACUACUGUUAUUGCCCGUGGAACACCUGGUUUUUCCGGCGCCGAUUUAGAGAAUCUCGUCAACCAAGCUGCCAUUCAUGCCAGCAAGAACAGACAGACCAAGGUCGGCCCUAAGGACUUCGAUUGGGCCAAGGACAAAAUAAUGAUGGGAGCCGAAGCGCGCAGCAGAGUUAUGCGGGAGAAAGAUAAGCUUCUUACCGCAUAUCAUGAAGCAGGACAUGCUCUUGUCGCUUACUUCUCUCCCGCUGCGACCCCCCUGUAUAAAAUUACUAUUGUUCCGAGAGGCAUGUCUCUGGGUACCACUCAUUUCCUCCCGGAAAUGGACAUCGUUUCACGGAAUUAUACUGAGUUUUUGGCGGAUAUCGACGUGUCUAUGGGUGGUAAGGCUGCUGAAGAACUUGUUUUUGGACCUGAAAACGUCACGAGCGGUAUAUCAUCGGAUCUUCAACAUGCAACCAACACCGCCUUCUCGAUGGUGACGCAAUAUGGGUACUCCAAGAAACUAGGCUCCAUCGACCUCGUUACAAACUACAAGACUUUAUCUUCGGAGACCAAGCAAGAAAUCGAAUCCGAAGUCAGACGUCUAGUCGAGGAAGCGAGUCGGCGUGCAACAGCAAUUCUCACAGAACACCGAAAGGAACUGGAGCUAUUAACCAAGGCAUUGAUGGAGUAUGAGACGUUGACGAAGGAGGAGAUGGAAAAGGUAUUGAGGGGAGAAAAGUUGGAUAAGCUUGAAUCGAUACCCAAAGCACCAAUUAUACUGCCCGAUGCACUGAUGGCGGCCGGAUUAAAGCCGACUGCUGGUGAAUCUGCCGCGCCAAAAUGA